AAGUGGAAGCCAGGGCGGGACCUCGACUGAUCUCUCUCCAUCCUUCACUCCACCACUACUACCCACUCCUUCUGUUAUUCAUUAUUCUUGCCAUCUCUAUUGCUUUUGCAUCUGUUCACUUCCCCUCAACCAUUUUGGCGUGCGUCUCAAAAUGGACGACUCAUCCGUCCAUCAACGCUCCUCGAAGCUCAAGAGCCGACGCUCGAUCGCGCACCCACCCUCUGCCCGCGCCGCUGCCUUGAAGGACAAUGCAACCACAGACAUUGCCGCCCUCCAGGCCGAACAUGGCAGUCAACAAUUGACCAAAAAGAAAUCCCGUGGGAAAAGUCUCGGACCUGGUGGUAUCGAGGCUUUGAAAGAAACCUUUGCCAAUGCGGCCAAAUCACCAGCGCCCUUUCAGAUACGGUCCAUACUUAAGCCAACAAUUCCUCUAACACCCCCAAAGGCGAUCCCUUCGUUUGACGAAUUGCGCAGAAGAAGCACAGGCAAGGCUAAUUCGCCUGUAAAAUCUCAUGCUGAGGAGCUUCUGAUCGACUUCUCCACCCCCGGUGUCAAUCGACCAAACAAUGAGGACAUUGCUAUCUCUGGUGCUCAUGGUGUUCUUGAUCCUUUCAGCCCAAUCGCACGACGAAGUCCUUCAGAAUUGACCACCGAGUCCCGAGGCCAAGAACUAGAUCAUGACGAGCUCAAGCGGCAACAAGAAAAGAAAGCAAUUCUGGAGAGGCGAGCUGCAAGGCGAAAAUCCCUUGCAAACAGAAGAGUCUCCUUUGCUCCAGAGGCCACUUUACAUACCUGGAGCGUAAUGGAGAUGCCGGAAGACUCCACAACUAGUUCUGCCUCCAACUCUACUCGCAGACAAUCAUCAAUGACAACCGCACAGUCUCCGAUCAAGAUACCAGCAUCGCCAGACGUGUCGACUCUUCCUUCGACACGUCACGAGUCCAUGGGCGAAGAUAUCGUCCAGGAGUCUCCGGCGCACCAACGGGACCUUCACCAGAAGAAACGACGUAGGAGAAGUUCUGGACUAGCUGAGCCUGUGUUGGAUGAUCUACAAGACCAAGUCUACUCUUCAAGUCCUUCGGGUGAUGUUCUGACCAACAGCAGCCCCAUGAGAGUCGAAGAUGGUAUUGAAUCAUCCGACGAUUCAGAUACGGAUGGAGAUACUGCCAUGAGCAUCGAUGACGCGACUGUCAACACGGUAGGCUCUCAAGAGUCGUCAUCAAGCACCCAUUCUAGCCUCGAGGGUCGUCUCCGGCAAGCUGCACAGCAAGCCGGGACACGUGGAAUCGAAUACGACGAGAACGGCGAAGACAUGUCGAUGGAAAUGGUCACUGGCACAGUUACACAUGCAUUCCAGCCAUGGGCACGAGGAACAAGUGAGGGCAGUGAUUACACAGCCAUGCACGACCAAGAGAACAUUAACCCAUUCCCAAACAGAGUUGAGCAAUAUGGAGGGCCACAUGCUCAAGUACCACCAUUUGAUGAACACGAUCGAUUCAAUGAUCAAACACAGGACAUCAGUAUGGACGUCACCCGUGCUGUAGGCGGCAUUCUUGCGAAUCGAGACUCGACUAAGAAGGAGGUCAAUCGGUCCCCGAGCGCGCGUAAGAGAAGCAGCAUGCAUCGCCGUCGAUCUUCAGGCGCGGACUCAGCCUUCGAUGAGACCAUGGAGUUCACCGUUAUGCAGGGUGGCAUCCUUGGCUCCGAUCGAGAUGAUCGCACAGAAAACCUGACCGAGCCAGGUAUGACAAUGGACUUCACUAGCGCUGUUGGCGCAAUCUUGGGCAGCUCCGCUAGAAGGGAGUCCGUCUUCCCCCAGCCAUCCGAUAUCAUCGAUGAUAACGCCACUAUGGAAAUGACCAUGGCUGUUGGUGGCAUACUACCCCCCAUUGAAGAACAGACGGAACCUGCUAGUAUGAUCGAAGAAGAGAAAACCGUGGCUAUGGAUUUGGCCCGCGCGGUAGGCGGCAUCAUGGGACAGACUCCUGUGGCAAGACGAUCAACAGCUAGAAAAUCACUUGGCGUUGAUCUCACUCCUGCAACAAUGAAUACGGCGAUUCAAUCAUCAAUUCCUGAGGCUGCUGAACCGGAUCGAACGCCGGAAGCAAAUCCUCUUCAUGUCGCUCCAACUGCGUCGGAAACAGGUAGCCCUAGUCUGACGCUCAAACCAAGACUCUCUGCGAGGUCUCAGCGAUAUGCUGGCAGCGCUUCGACAACACCUGCGACAAACCCAAAGGUGGUAACCCCUGUCAAGUCGGCAACAAGAGCACACCAUGACACUCCUUCAAAACAGAUUACGCCGCUUCCAGUUCGUGCCGAAACCCCGAACAAGACUCCCAUUUCCGCAAAUGUGACCCAUAGAGGUGCAUCACCAAAGAAGUUGUUCAAGGCGGAGAUAAAAGCGCGUGCCUCACCAGGCUCCGUUGUGCGUGAAGCCAAUAUAAAAGGAAACUCUCUCUUCUCCCGAGACUCGGAGACUGGCCAACAGACUCCGAGUGUUGUCCUGCGGGCGACAAAGCAAAGCUAUACGAAAAGAAGAUCUAGUGGAGUUGGCGUGGACAAGGACGGAAUUGGGUCGCCACGGAUCUCCGAAUUGCUGGAUCGUCGAGCUUCCAUUGGCGAUGCCGCACCUCAAUUCCACGUAGGAAAAGUCAAGGGCCCGGGAUUGCGAUUCGAAGACCCCUUACAACUUCAGAACGAAGUUGAGCUCGAGCGCAAGGAGGAACACCGACGUGAAAGUGGCCGCUUCAUCAUGGAACAGGAGGCUGACGAGCAGCAAGGCGAGAACACGACCUUGCAGCUUAAGGACAUGAUUCAAGCGAUGUCACCCAAGAAGUCCAAGUCCAGGAAACUAAAUGGAAGAAAGAGCCUCGCCAUAGGCGGAGCCAAAGGUCUCCUUGGGAAAAGACCCAUCGAACUUGAUGAGGACGAGGACGAUGGAGCAGACUCUACCCCAAAACGACUGAAGCUGCUGUCUAGAGAUGGUAGUCCCGUGAAGAAGAUCCAUCUCCCGAAACCUCCCAGCAAGGACGAAACAACCGGAAGACUUGGGGCACACCUUCAGCAAGCGCUCCAGGAUAUGAACGGUUGCGACAAGGAAACACCAAAGAUCGGACCAAACUCUCCCCCCGAAUCGAGACUUGGACAGAGUCCGCCGACUAUCGGUCGUUUUAGAAACGCUGAAUUCGGUGAUGGGGCAAGACCAACCUCGUUCGAGGAUAAGCUCGACAAUGUUGUUGGCGCUAUUGAUAUCAGUACAGCAGAGAUGUUAGAUGGAGUGGACGCGGCGGAAGAAGAACAAGAGAGAAUCUCACUCCAGGACUUCCUCAACAUGACCAAUAUUCACUUCAUUGAGCUAUCGACGACCAAGAGACGGCAAACAAUGGCAAGAAUAUCAACCGUUGGACAGUCGGACGAAGGAUCUCAUCGGGAUGGUAUGGAGGCAGCCUUCAUUGCUGCCACGACGACGCUGCCUCUGCUGGAGUUGUAUCAACAUGCCACAAGGGAGCUCAAGUCAUACAUAUCAACGGGACGAAAGAUUGUUCGAUCGAUUGAAGCUGAAACUCUUGCAGAACAGCCACUCCUGUUUAGAGAGUAUGUCGACGCUCGUCCAGAUGUCAAAGUGAUCAUGGACAAUCAGUUUCGUAAUGGAAAAGCGAACGCCCGUCUUCAGAGUAAGGAGGGGUGGUACCAGUGGCGCACGCAGCUGGUCCAAGGUCUACAGACUGGCUUGGAAGGGAUAAGCAGGAACAUGAAAGAUGACCUUGAAUCACUCUGCGUCCAAGAGCAGACCCUGGACAGAGUUGUCCCUCUCAUAUUGGAGCAUGAGGAGGAGCUUGAAAAGCAGAAGCAACUACUCGACCAAACGGUGAAGGAACUGGAUAAUGUUGAUCACGAAAUUCUCGAUCGUGCUCGUCGAGAUCUGCGAGCUGCUGACGCAUAUCAUCUUCAGAGAGCUGCCCUGCUGGAUUCUUUGCGAAAAGACGUGGAGGAAAAAGAGGAAGCUCUUGCCUCUGCAGCCGAACUCAAGGUGGAAAUGAUGGAACAGAUCGCUGAAGCAGAUCGUGUGACGGAGGAGCACAAAGGCUGGCCCGCUGCAGUGGUGACUGAGUUCAAAACCAGAAUCGACAGCAUUGAAAACGAAAGCGGAUGGCGCCUUCUUACGGCCGAGGAAGAUGUCGAUGAGUGCAACGAUUUUGGUGUUGCUCUCACAAUGGUGCACAAGGGUCAGCUUCGACUAUUCUUCUACCCACAAGCCUAUCAGGCGAACAAUUCAAGCAGUAGAAGGAGAUCGGGGCGCAAGUCGGCGUCUAUCUCGGGACCUACAGCACCAAUCAGCCUUACUUAUGCACCGACAACACAAGAUGGAGAGAGCGACCCCACAGCAGUGCCACCGACAGAGAAGCGAUUCUUUCUCCAAUUAAUAAGAAGUCAGCUUCACGCCUUUUCCAUGAUGCCGAAGGGAACAGUCGCUUCAGCGACACUCCUAUCCACUGUAUCAAAAGGUUGGGAUUUGGCUUGCCGUGUGUCACAGGAGAUUCGGCUGCUCAAUAUGAUUGGAGUUGCAACGGCAUCGAUUCUUGGGGACGAGAAGCUUGGUGUGAACGUAAUGUUGAUGCUCCCAGGCCACGGACGAGUUGACGUUGAAUUUGUUGUUGCCGUCACAAUUCUCAACGACGGUAGCAUUGCCGCCGCAACCAAUGUCAAUGCAUCUGCUGUCUAUGGAAGCGCAUCGGAAUUUCUCUCAGGAGCAAAAAGCAGGAAAGUUCACCAGGCUCUUGGCAAGGAGAUUGAGACGAGACACUUGGGCGAUGGCGCAUGGGCUAAAGCCAUCCAAGGCUUUGAGGCUUGGUUCACAGUCCAGCAGGAGAAGGCAAAGCAAGAAAUGAAUGCAGAACCUCGAGAACAGAUUCCUGCUCCUAUAGCUGAAGCUCAGCCUCUGCUAUCGCCCUCAAAGCCGUCCAAUUCGACUACCCCAGCACCAAAGCGAUCACCUCUGGCGGCCAAGAGAACCAACUUUGUUCAGAAGAAGGCUCUUCCUGUUCCCAAGCAGAGAUUAGAGAAGGCAAACUUCAAUGCGUCUCAGACUUCAGGCUCUCAACCUCAUUAUCAGUCUGAGAAGGAAAAUUUUGACCCGGCAGCCUCGAUGAGCAAGGCAACUACAAUAACUGGCACUGGCAAGGGAAAUACCGACGAUUGGAACGAUAAGCCAUUUUCGGUCCCUAAAGCCGCAAUUCCGCCUGCGAUGCAAGAAGCUAUGAUGAUGCACACGCCUAUCAAACGGAUUGGAGCACUCAGACGGAGUCCGAUGUGAUCUCGAAGAAAAUUGGCAGCCAGAUACGGCUGGAAAUCCGAGGCCUUUACAGUGGAUGUUUUGCCAGGACGGCUUGGACGUUGGGUUUGCGAACCUCGGCGGAAAGAUGGAGAGUGCUUUGGUCUAGAAUAACGACUAUAACAAUGAUGAAGAUGAAUAUGUCGAGUUUGUACACGCAUUCCAGCGAGCGAGUCUAUUGGGGAAUGGUAGUAUGUAAUUGGAAUCUUGAGAUUGAGUUGCAACAUGGA